AUGAAAAAUUAUAUAAAAAGCAGAAUUAAUUGCAGUUUAUUCUACAAUCACUUGCUCCUUUGUGUAUUUGGUGAUUUCGUUCUCAAUAUUGAAAUAAGUAUGGGCUCUUAUACACAUUUCGAGGUGCUCAACCCGAUGCUUUCUGUUACUCCUUCUGUUCAGGUGAUUUAUUUCCAGAAGUUUCGUUUUCUUUUAGUAUUUUUAUUUCUUUUCGAAGUGAUGAGAAUGCUUGGAACUGCUAGUGUUCUACUAGUGGAGAGACUUUUGGAGAACUUGCCUAUGGAUUUGAUGGAUGGCGGAGCAUUGAACCCCCACGCUCCCUAUAUGAAAUAA